CAGUCACGUGGAUUACGGGACGUAACAAAGCUUCUGUAAAGGUUUAGCAGAACGAGUUUGAUGGUUUAAAGUGCGUCGGUUGUUAGACAUAAAAAUCACUCCGACUGCUAUAUGAUUUCCGUCGUGUUAGCGGCCAACAACCCAGAAAGAUGGCGCAGAAAACACUGGGAUCCAUUGUAGCUCUGUUCUACUCCGGAACUUGUUUGGUGCAGGGAAAGGAGUUCUGCUUUGGUGUAAACAAUGAGCGGUACCGCUGUGAUAUGGGUUACUGCUGUGGAGAGACGGAGUGUUGCACAUACUACUAUGAACUCUGGUGGUUCUGGUUGGUAUGGACCUUGAUCAUCAUGCUGAGCUGCUGCUGUGCCUACAGACACCGGAGGGUUAAAAUGCGUCUCCAACAGGAGCAGCGUCAACGGGAAAUCAGCCUCAUGGCCUACCAAGGAGCCUCCACCUCCUUCAUUUCUCCUCCUCCACUCAAUCCAAGGUUCUGGAAUGACUGCAAGCUUCCUGACUAUGAAGAGGUUGUAGGCCACCCUCCGACACCACCGCCACCUUAUUCUGAAAAUCCUCCUGAGACUACUCCAGCACUCCCUUCACAAGUGCACCAGCCAGACGCCACCUCGGCUCGACAUUUCCGGAUUGACGUGGACAUUGAGGCCUCUGGCUCAUCAGUGGGUCAGGAAGCAGAACAGACACCCAUCCAGGCGUCGUCUCCCACCGAGCAGAAUGCCGAGGCUUCGUCAAUGGGAGCAGAAGAGGAUGAGGAGCUCGUCACCCGGCGUCGGCAUGUAACGGGCGACUCUGGGAUUGAGGUGUGUGUGUGUCAGCUGGAUGCCAAUGAGGGCUCUGAGCUUGAGGAAAGUGAUGAAGAGCACCGGCUGUGCAGGGUUGCUGAUGGGGGCUGCUGCGCCGGGCGUGAGCAGCAGCACUUCACCCAGAAGGAGCGCACUUUUGAGCUGCCCAGCCAGACCGCCAGCACCAGCUCCGGAGGCCACAUGGUGUGAUCUGCAGCAUACCAGCCAACUAAGCAGCCGACUAGUGCUGCUUUCUGAUUCACACGGUGACAAAAAAAGAAAGUGGGGGGGGUGGGACAGCUGUUGGCAUCGUCUUCUGAGUGUCUGUCCUUUUAAUUCUUCAAACUAACACUCAGGCCUAAUGUCAUGAUGGUGGUAACAAAUCCUUUUCAGCUUCUGUUUCUGAAAGAUGACUUAAAAGACCCUAUAAUGUUAGCAGAUAUCUUUCUUUUUUUUUUUUUUUUUUAAUUUGCUUUUCUUAAAGGGGAAACUAGCAACUGCAUGUUCAUGCUAACAUUUAGUGAGGGAAGCUCAUUGGCUAGUUAUUGUUGCUGAAACAGGAAGUCAUGGUGUUUACUUGCUGUCUGAGCACUGCCUUCUUGUUCUCGGUCUCAUUGGUCAGAACAGUGGUGACAGUCCUUCCAUUUGAUACAGUUCUUCUGGUGGGAUGGUCACCCCAGAGCAUACCAGCACGGUCAGCAUUUCUCUCUGUCCCCACUACUACUGCUAAACAAACCUCUUUAUCGCUGCGGACAAUACUGAAUAAAUCUAUAACAGCACAUGUUUGUUUCCCAAAAGUGGUGUGUGUGUGUGUGUGUGUGUGUGUGUGUGUGUGUGUGUGUGUGUGUGUGUGUGUGUGUGUGUGUGUGUGUGUGUGUGUGUGUGUGUGUAUGUGCUUUAAAAUCCUGGGCACUGCUGCAUAGUGAUGUCACCCCUGGUGUUGUCUUUUGGAGCCUGUGGGACCGCAGAGGAGAGAAAGCAGAUCAUGUUGACAAAAGCAACUCAGCCACACAGUCGCUAUCGGGCGUAGCUGUGAGGCAGGAACGAUCAAAUAUAUCUGAUCUCAUGUAUAUGUGUGUGCACAUUGGCUCUUGACUGCAUCAUUUUAAAGGACUAACUACAACGGAUGUAAGGCUAAUCCAUUUCUAUAAAAACGAAUCAAUAAAAUGCCUUGCGGUGACCCUACAUAUGUUGGAUCAUGGUGAUUCAUUUUAAACAUUUUGAAGAAUGUUGUGCUCAUUCUAGAGAUAAAUGUUUAAUACAAAAGAAUAGUUUCAUUGCAGCUUGUGCUUCAGCAGGUUUUACCAAUAACAGGUGCUGCUAGAGGUUGUGGAUGUUUUCUAGAAGGCUUGAUGACUCUUAUUUUCAAAGUGCCGUCUCCUUAGCACAAGGAAUGAUACAAACAAAAUCGCACGACAGCAUGAGGCAUGUUUGUGCAACUUUCAUUGAGUUGAAGCAGUAGUGAUACUUUUGUCUGUUCCUCAGUGUGCAGCAGCAUCCACACAUCAAAGGCUUCUACUGAAUUUUGGACGUGGUGUUACUUUGAGCUACUUUGUGCUAUUUGCUAUAUAGCUUGAUAGCAGGUGCAUUUUUAGCUCUCUGUGGCUUCAGUAGCACCCAACAGGGAUUUGCUGUCAUAUUUUCCAUGGGUAGCUUUAGGUGGAUGUGCACUCUGCUGUGCAGCGGACUCAUGCUGGCACAGCUGCAGAAUCAGUAGUGAAUAACUACAUGCUCCUCUGCGACGCAUGUUGUUUGUGCAUCCUGUAAAGUAUGCAACAAAAUGUUACGUCAGGAGAGAAGUCUUCUGUUUGUAAGUUUUGUGGAAAAUAAAGCAUUAAGUUGCAACUUUAUAUAUGUUAAAAUUUUGUUGGGGGAUGGGGUAUGCACAAGUUGUUUUUUUUUUUGUUCCCCCCCCCCCGAUGCGUAGCUCCCACCUUGAGUUUUCUAAAACGGCACAGCUCAACAUGCUGUUCGGCACAAGUUGAGAAAGGUCGGAUAACCUCAUACUAGUUCUUAAUAUGCUCAGCUUUCAGGAGCUUGGUUGUACUCUUGGCUUCCUUAGUUUGAUUCAGAGUGCCUAGGUGUCGGCUCAGCAUAAUUAUGUCCAGUAUUUACACUGACGACAGAACUGCUUACCUGCACUAUUUUGAAUCAAGUACACAUUUGUUUGGGCUGUUUAGGUUUGAAAACGUGUUUGCCUGAAGUACACGAGAUUUCACCCAGAUUUGUACUUUGCUUGUCCUGGGCUGUUCUGAGUUCAGUGUAGGUUGGGCUAAGGUAGAAAACUACCUUUUCCGACUUGUGCCAAGUUGUGUUGAGUGGCAUGGCUGGCUGGCAGAGCUUGGCGUUAAACGCUGCGAGGUGAAAGCUGCUUGGAGAAAUCUUCCGAAGUACUCUGGAUGUAAAUGAGACCGUUAAGGUGCUGAACUCGACCAGGUGUGAGAGUUGCUAUACUGUGACAAAAUGAGCACAGUGUCGAGAUUCAGGUCUGCGAUUCUCCCUCACGCUCACAAAGUACUUUAACAAUGUGAUGUUCUCUUUUUCUACAGCCAAGUCGUGAAACUUAAUCAUUUUAGUGAAAAGCAGUUGAAUAUAUUAACACAUUCAAUUUAUUUUCAUUUCUGUGUAGUAGGUGGGAAGAGGGUAUUGGGCUUGAACUCGUAUCUGCAAUUCAAAAUCUGGUCCUUCUUACAGAAGGUAGCAUGAUGCCAUGGCUCCACCCUUUUCCAAGGUGAACCACAUACUGGUUGAAGUGUAGAAAAAUGUUUUAAAGGAUGCUUCACUUCAUUUUAGCAUCUGUGUCCCGCGACUGGCCUAAUGCAGUUAACGGUAACAGCUGCCAAUCUACAUGAAGUGUCUAGAACAGAGUUGGUGGGUGGGCAGGAACAUUUCCAGAGGUGUCAUACUUGUCAACCUAUAUAGAUGCUCUGAAGUAGAGAGCGUACGUGUCUGAUCUUUUAGAAAAUUUGGCCCGUUUACAGAAUGUUCUGGCCAGAGACUGAGCACGGCUGCACACCUGUUGGGUCGAGGACCACGACAUUUUUGACUGACACCUUAAGCUGCCUUUCUGCAUACUUUACUGAGCAUGUUUUGCUGUAGAGCUGCACAGUCAAACAUGAGCAAAAACAGACGUAUUAAUGCCUUAUUACAGUUGAUUAAAUUGAGCGACUUAUGUUAUAGAAUGGCAGAUGAGGGAGUUUUUUUUUUUUUUUUUUUGUAGAUUAUUUCAUCCGUGUUUAUUGUGAGAAAGUAAUCUAGCUUUGGUAGAGAAGGAUGUGGUUUGUAAGCGACCACAUGUAGAUGUCGUGUGAUGUGCUGUAGCAUUAUACUCAGUGGUGACGUUGAAUUUGCUUAUGAGCAGUUGUUGCUGCGCAGAAACUAAAAUUUCCUGCAUGUAGUCAGUUGGCACUGCGGGAAUUUGUUCAGAACAGAUUCGGAGUUUGUGCUGAUGCCGUUACAUUUAGGGUUUGAUAUGAACUGAAUGGGGGGAGAAGAUGAAGGGUUUAAUUUUUUUUUUUUUCUUUUUUGUGGUGGUGAUGCAUUUCAUUCAAUUGUAUAAGUUUUGCAUAUUUGUAUACUAAUGAUAGUGAUGAUCAGGGGGUUCUUUUCUGUGUGUCUGAAUAGGAGGUUGAUAGUUUUCCCAUUGCCAAACUAUUACGCCUCUGGUUUUUAUACAUUUACCUUGAUAAGGGCUAUAUCAGUCAUCAAGUUUGGACAAAUAUUGAUUAAAAUAUUGAUCUCAUUCAACAAGUUGUUGGUACUUGGUUUGGUUUUAAGCCACAAUUGCAGAGAUCACUAUGUUUGGAUUCAGUCAUUCUUUAAUGUUGCUGUUGAGCUAAUAUUUAACAAUAUCCGAUACUCUAUCUCUAAAAAGUUACUUGAUGCCCCUACCUGACCCUUUGUUGACUGUGACCCCGCCCUCUGCUGAGGUUGUUGUUCUCAGUUAUGGGAAUAUGUGCUUGACUGUACAUGCAGACUCUUGGAAACACUCCGCAUGGAGCCACCCAUGCAGAUGGGUUGAGAGAAUGUUCCUACCAAAAUGUCCGUGCUUCACCGAGCCGUGUUGUUGUGUCGCUAACAUGUUGGGUUUCAUGCUCUCAGGGCUCAAAAAAAGUGCUAGCAUUUCCCAUUAAUACAUCAACCAGUCUCAUAAAGCCAAAGCUGUUUUAUUGUCUUGUCAUACUUUGACUUUGUGUCCUGCAUCUCUAAUCAUGCCUAACUGAAUGUAAAACAAAUGCACGUGCACUGAAGUACAACACAGGCGGUUCCCGGGUUACAAAUGGUCGUAUUCCUGUAUGUGGAUUUUGAUGUAGACACAAAAACAUCCUCAAAUUUUGUACAUAAGAAUUGAUGUACAUUGACUGAUUUGAAAACUUGAGUGUUUAUAGAUGAUGGAAUGUUGUAGCUCCGAAAUGCUACUCGGGGACAGCCUGUACAUAUUUUGAUAUGUAUUAUGUUAAAU